GGAUGCUCAACCCGGAAGUGUUUAGGGAGGUUCAGGGCGAACAGUACAAACCUCCUCUUCUCCACAUAAACCACACCGUACGUUUCUGGAGGCUGUACUGGAGGUGGAUUUGCAUUUAUGAAGGACUUUUUCAUAUAAGAAGGAACCUGAGGCUGUGGAGACAUGGUGGGCUAUGAUCCGGGUGCUCAGUCCGCCGCCCUCUCCCCUUAUGAGGCAGCUUUUGCAGGUUCAGCAGCUGGGAUGGUCACCAGAGCCCUCUGCAGCCCCUUCGACAUCCUCAAAAUCCGAUUUCAGCUGCAGAUAGAGCGGGUCUCUUCAACAACGCCGGAGGGGAAGUACAGGGGAUUAUUUCAGGCAACACGCUGCAUUCAUUCAGAGGAGGGACUCUCUGCUUUCUGGAAGGGCCACAUCCCAGCGCAGCUCCUCUCCAUCUGCUUUGGAGCUGUCCAGUUUACCAGCUUCGAGCUUCUGACCGAGCUGGUCCAUAAGUCAACGCCGUAUGACAGUCAGACGCCAGGAGUUCACUUCAUCUGUGGCGGCUUGGCAGCCUGCUCUGCUACGGUCGCCUGCCAGCCUCUGGACACGCUGCGGACACGCUUUGCAGCUCAGGGAGAGCCCAAGGUAUAUAAAAACCUGCGACACGCCGUUUCUACGAUGGUGCGUUCAGAGGGAGCCCUGACGUUUUACCGUGGCUUGUCUCCAACAGUAAUGGCAGUGUUUCCUUACGCUGGACUUCAGUUUUUCUUCUACAAUGUCUUUAAGAAACUUUUGUCUCCAUCAUCCAAAGCAGAAAGCUCAGGAGAAAACAUCAGAACCCUGAUCUGUGGCAGUGGAGCCGGGAUGAUCAGUAAAACGGCUACGUACCCCUUUGACCUGUUUAAGAAGAGGCUGCAGGUGGGGGGCUUUGAGGCCGCUCGAGUUCACUUUGGACAGGUGCGGAGUUACAGAGGCCCGAUAGACUGUGCAGUUCAAAUAGCCAAAGAGGAAGGGCUGCGAGGCUUCUUCAAAGGCCUUUUCCCCAGCCUGCUGAAAGCCGCACUGUCAACAGGAUUCACCUUCUUCUGGUAUGAAUUUUUCGUCAACGCCAUCCACAACGUCAAGAGCGGACAAAAAACUCAUGUCUCUGGCGAAAGCUUUGUGGGAAGAUGAUGAGGAACAAUAUAUCACACUGUCACGCACAUUUAACUCUGAACAACUCUCUGAAGCCUGGUCAGUGUCGGUUGUGGAUUCUGCUUUGUUUACAUGAAAGGAUGGAAAACACAACCUCAUUUAUUCUGUUUUUUUUAUGUCCUUCCAUUUUGUUUUAUAGAAACUGUCUUGUAUAAAUGUAAUAUGCUGAAAAUUUUGCACAUUUUCUGCUGAUCUCUGUGAGCUUAGGCUAACAUGUAACAAUCUAAAAGAAAGGAAACGUUCAAGUAUGAGGAUUGUUUGAAAGGAGGAAUAUGAGCACUUAAUAUUUAUUCAGACACAGUGGUGAACAAAAGUACGUUUGGAGUACAGGAGAGACCAAUAAUUCAGAGUUUAUCUUGUCAAUUUAAACUCUGAAAAGGAAUAUUGGUCAUGAAGAUAAGUUCUGUGAUCUACUGACAGUGAGAUGUGUGUUUUUAAGUGUGUUACAGUAAAGCUAGUGCAUAUUUGGCAAAUGCCCUAAUAAAAGAAAUCCUUUUUAGUGUCCAUCUCAGGUGUGGACAUGACUUGAGCCUCUGCCACUCAGAAACCUGUUUUACAUGAUAGUACGUUGAAAAGGAUCAUAUCAGAGCUUGUGAUUUGAUCAGAAAGUCAAACCUUCUCGUGGAGUUCUGUUUGUUGUUUCAGGGUGUGCCACGUUUUUAUUGUUAAAGGAUCAUUUAAAGAAGAACCGUGUAUUUCUGACCAUUUAAUCCAUGAUAUCUUUAUUUCAAUGCAGGAGUGUUUUUUUUGUUGUUGUUGGAAUAUGUUGUUGGAAUUUAUUAUGUGGAGUUUAUAACCAAAGAGAAAGUGUGGA